AGACGACUGUCCAAAGGGUCUCAUUGCUACGGAAGAUCAAAAUGCUAUGAUUCGUUAGCCUAUCUAGUAGAAAGCCCUCAGCGUUGAAAUCUGGCGACUUUUAAAAUCAAAUAACAACCUACAUAUUAGGUUUUUGAUUAUUAAUGAUGCAAAACACGGCUGCGUUUUGUGUCGCUUUUGGCCGAAUGUGCCGAGGUGUGUCAAAGGAAGUCAUUGCUUUUCAUUCUUCAUCUAAAAUUGCGUUCCCACUGUCAAAUCUCUCUGGAAGGAUUUUUUCUCGCUGCUGUCACGUCGCUAAUGUGACGUCUGAGUCCGGUUGUCAACCACGCAAUUCUAAGGUGCCCGCAGGUCCGACUUGGGAACCAGUACCGGAGGACCAGUUGCCACCGCCAACGCGAGUAGCGGCUGAGCUGGUGGACAAACUCGAGCGUCUGGCUUUAGUUGACUUCCGCACCAAAGAGGGACUUGCCUGCUUGGAGAAGGCCAUCCGAUUUGCAGAUCAGCUUCACGUUGUCGACACGACAGGAGUCGAGCCGAUGGAUUCGGUUCUGGAGGACAGGGUUUUAUACUUGAGAGAUGAUACGGUGAUGGAAGGCAACCAAGCUGAAGAACUUCUGCAGCUCUCCCAAAAAACAGUGGAGGAAUAUUACGUGGCACCACCAGGAAAUAUUCCAUUACCAAAGCGGGAAGAGCGGGCUGCCAUGUUGAAACACUCUGAACUCUGACAUCGGACAAUGUGUUUUUCAUUUUGAGGACUCAUUUCAUCAUUCGCUGUGAAUCUUCUUCCUAGUACAGCAUUUUAUGACCAGUGUUUUCAAUGUUACUUACGACGUCCGCGCGGCACGUUCUGUUAACAAGCUUGAGUGUAGAGCUGAAACGAAUACUCGCGUAACUCAGGUUUAAAAACCGAUCCGAGUAAUUUUAUUCACCUCGAGGAAUCGUUUAAUUUUGCCAGCUCUAAGCAUCACGUUUUGCCCGGACUACUUUUAAUGCUGGACAACGCGCUGAAGUCACGUGCGCAGAGGAAGAAGCAAUUACAAAAAUGUUUUUUUAUAAAACUUACAGCAGCCGACAGCCGCUACAAACUACGCCGACGUUGCUAAAAACUACGCCCGCGUGAUGCUAGUUUGGUAGCAGGUAGUGUCCGAUGCGUCUCAUAGAUAUCGCAUGUAUUUAGCAGUAGACUUCUCAUUACUAAUAAAUAUAACGUUACUGUCACUCGCUCUUGUAACGUUAGCGCUUCGGAGGGCUAGGUUUCUAUUAUGACCACUGUCGAUGCGUGGCUAACGUGUCUUGCAUACAGGCUUUAAUCUGUAAAAACAUAGCGCUGUAGAGUGAUGAGGGUGUAAAAACAUAAUAAAGCUAACUGUCAGUUUUAGCUCAGUAGUAAUUGCUGAAUAAAUGUGCUCCAAUACAGCUGGUAUCAUACAUUUAUUUUGAACACUGCAAAAACUCAAAAUCCUACCAGUACUUACAGUUUAGACUAACUUAAAACUUAACUGAAACUUAAAAAUAGCUUGACACAAAUGGAAAUGAAAUUGAAACGUGGGAAAAACACAUAGCUUUCAAGUGAUGUGUGUUAUCAAGCGUAUUUACAUUUUUAGGUAAGAAAUAUAUAUAUUAGGGCUGUCAAACGAUUAAAAUUUUUAACCGAGUUAAUUACAGCUUAAAAAUUAAUUAAUCGUAAUUAAUCGCAAUUCAAAGUGAUCCACGGAUAGAAAGACUUGUAGUUCUUAAACGAUAAAUGUUAUAGUUACAAGUUAAAAUAAUAAUAAUCCCGAAUAAAAUUUGUAAAAUUUUCAAUCAAAAGUAGAGUUAAUAUAAUAAUAAGAAUAAAAAUAACAAUAAUAAAAAUAGAGUGACCAAAGUCUUUAAGUUUUACGUGUAUUUUGCAUAGCUAUUUUGAUAUGGAAUGCCAGUUCAUUUUGCAUGGUUGUUUAACUGUGUGUCAGAAUAGGGCCUCAUUACUAUAGACUGAAGUGCUUUUCUUUUUGUAAAAAUUAUUUUUUUUUGGGAGAGAUAGGAAUAUUAUUUUUGUUGUGCUUUCACUAAACGAUACUUACAGUGGGGAUAACAAGUAUUUGAUACACUAUCAAAUACUUGUUCUCCCCACUGUAUGUUUGUUGUGAAGGAGUUGCCAAUAAACGGCGCGGUCCAAAGAACGCCUUUGUCCACUCGCCUCUACUGUAUAACAUAUAUCUGUACAUAUCUUACCCAAAAUACAACAAGAGACACAUAAUUGCCACUAAAAGAAAGAAAACUUACCGAAAUAUGUGUGGAGCACAAAUAGCAAUUUGCAUUGCAUUGUGAAUACAGCAUAAACGUCUCACAACUACUAAUUCUCCCACGUUUAGAAGAAAUAACAUGAGUAUGAAACGGCGCUGCCCCCAAGCGGCCGGUGGCAUUCUCUUCACUCUUAAUGUCCAUAAACGGCCUCAUUGUAAUCUGUUUGAGGCAAUAUGCGAGAUGGUCAUUCACCCAAGCGCCAGCAGAGGGUGGCAAAACUCCUUAACAAGUGACCGUUUCAGUCUACUGUCAUUUAAAUCUGUCUGAGCGGGAUAUCUGCGUUAAUUGCGUCAAAUAUUUUAACGUGAUUAAUUUAAAAAAUUAAUUAACGCCCGUUAACGCGAUAAUUUUGACAGCCCUAAUAUAUAUAUAUAUAUAUAUAUAUAUAUAUAUUUUUUUUUAUAAGAUCUAGAAGUUUUUGGAGUGAAAGCAGUGAAUUUGUUUUUCUAGUCACAUCUUAGAUGCAAUUGUUGGCGGUUUUCAACAAUGUACAUCGAAAAUAAAGACAUUGAUUGACUGAAAAUGAUUCAA